AUGAAUGCAACAAGUUAUGACGGAGUGGAUAGUAAGGAUGAAAUUCUAUCCUCCUUGGAAAAAUUAUCCAAAACGGAACUUGAAGCCUUAUUAUCUGAUCAUGAAGGCAUAAAGAAGCUAGCUAAAAAUUGUCCUGAUAUUAAGAAGAUCGAGUCUGACAAAGAAGCCUGCAUGAAUGAAAAUCGACGUCAAGCUGAAGCAAAUCUAUCUAUGGAGCCAACUUUCAAUAUGAUCAAAACGGAGCUUGUAGAAACCUAUUCUAAUUAUAAACAAUUGGAAAAUGAAUAUAUGAAACGUAAAUCAGAAGUUGACAAUAUCGGUACAAAAUACUCUCCGAGUGUAAUUCUUGCUUUAUUACAAACUGCCAACGCACAAGCAGAAGAACAGUCUGAAGAACUGGCUAGUCGAUUUCUUGACAAAGCCAUGGAUGUUGAUGCAUUUUUGAAGGAUUUCAUUCCUCUUCGUAAACUGUGUAAUGAACGUAGAUUUAAAUGUGAAAAGUUAGCGGAGCAAUUGUCGUCUGGUCAUAUAAGGGCAUCAAGCUUUUCCAACAAUCCUCAGUCAUCAUAUGUACCUAAUGUGAUGAUGAAUUCAGAUGUGUCAGCCAGUACAUCACAACUGUAUCCUUCAUUAUUAUCUCUAAGUAA